AUGGAGCACAACUCGUCGGACGACGAAGAGGACCACCGGAAUUUGAUCCCGCAGAACGACAUCAGAGACACCGAUCUCAACCGCCGCCGGGAAGAUGACCUUCACUCAGUCACCACCACCAGAGCCGUAAAUAGAGCAAACGGCGGUGGCAGGAGUCCUAGAUCGACGUUCCGGAUCGAGGAAAUCGUGUCGCGAGGCCGGAAAAUCUCACUCGACAAGCGUUACGUCGUUGCUGCAGUCUCUCUAACUCUGCUCAUCGGGUUUUUCUUCUUAUUUACCGAUACUCGUGGUUUCUUCUCGGCGGAUCUCUCGAGCUUUAAGCUUGAUCCAAUGUCGAGUCGGAUCAAGGAAUCUGAGCUCCAUGCUCUGUAUCUUCUGAGGCAGCAACAGUUGGCGCUUGUCUCUCUCUUGAAUCAGUCCCUUAACCAAACAUCGAAUUUCAGUUCUUCUUCGAAUGCAAUUGGUUCUUCUGUACUCAUAGAUGAUGUGAAAUCUGCUCUAGCGAAGCAGAUCUCACUGAAUAAGGAAAUCGAAGAGGUGCUUCUAUCACCACACAAAACCGGGAAUUACUCAGUCACUGGUCCUGGUUCAGAUAGUAUCACUGGUUCUUACUACUCUUAUGACAGAUGUAGAAAGGUAGAUCAGAAGUUGUUGGAGCGGAAAACGAUCGAAUGGAAACCUAGACCAGACAAAUUCCUUUUUGCUAUCUGUCUCUCAGGCCAAAUGAGCAACCAUUUGAUUUGCUUGGAGAAACAUAUGUUCUUCGCUGCGCUGCUGGAUCGAGUUCUGGUGAUCCCUAGCCCUAAGUUUGAUUACCAGUAUGAUAGAGUGAUAGAUAUAGAGCGGAUUAACACUUGCUUGGGAAGAAGUGUUGUCAUUUCUUUUGAUCAGUUCAAGGAGAUUGAUAAGAAGAAAAAUGCUCACAUUGACAGGUUUAUCUGUUACUUCUCGUCGCCACAACUUUGUUAUGUGGACGAGGAGCAUAUCAAGAAGCUGAAGGGAUUGGGGAUUUCCAUUGGUGGGAAGCUUGAGGCUCCUUGGAGUGAAGAUAUAAAGAAGCCAAGUAAGAGAACUUUUCAAGAGGUACAGGAAAAGUUUAAGUCUGACGAUGGUGUGAUCGCCAUAGGGGAUGUAUUCUAUGCUGAUAUGGAGCAAGAUUGGGUUAUGCAGCCUGGUGGACCCAUCAUGCACAAAUGCAAGACACUGAUCGAACCCAGUAGGCUCAUUUUGUUGACAGCACAACGAUUCAUCCAGACAUUUUUGGGAAAGAAUUUCAUUGCGCUUCAUCUUCGUAGACAUGGGUUCCUCAAGUUCUGCAAUGCAAAAUCGCCAAGUUGCUUUUAUCCAAUACCACAAGCUGCAGACUGCAUCAGUCGGAUAGUGGAAAGGGCCAAUGCUCCGGUCAUCUAUCUUUCAACAGAUGCUGCUGAAAGUGAAACCGGUCUGCUUCAGUCACUAGUAGUCGUUGAUGGAAAAGUCGUUCCCCUUGUCAAACGUCCACCUCGCAACUCUGCGGAAAAGUGGGACUCGUUGUUGUAUAGACAUGGCAUAGAAGAUGACUCUCAGGUGGAUGCUAUGUUAGAUAAGACCAUAUGUGCAAUGUCAAGUGUCUUUAUCGGAGCAUCGGGCUCUACUUUUACAGAGGAUAUCUUGCGGCUACGAAAAGACUGGGGAACUUCAUCUAUGUGCGAUGAAUAUCUCUGUCGAGGCGAAGAACCAAACUUCAUAGCUGAAGAUGAGUAA